AUGGCCUCGCUGGACCUGCCCUACCGGUGUCCACGGUGUGGGGAACACAAGCGCUUCCGCAGCCUCUCCUCACUGCGGGCGCACCUGGAAUACAACCACACCUAUGAGACCCUCUAUGUCCUCUCCAAGACCAACAGCAUCUGUGAUGCUGCCGUGUUCCCCCUGGCCGCCGAUGGGGCCCUGCUGACACCGGCUGCCCGGCGGGACUACUUUGAAAGCACCUCCUUCCAAGGCAAGGACCAGCGCUUCUCCUGUGACCUUGUCCCUGCUGAGGAGCUGGAGCCGGCCCCAUCCUCCUCCCCCUCGCCCCGCUAUGUCCAUGAGAUUGAGAUCCCUCUAACAGAGCUCUUCACCCGGGGCAAAGCCGUGGCACCAGCCCCCACGCCGCCAGCCACUAUGGAUGCUGCCUAUGAGGAAGGCUUGGCCCGCCUGAAGAUCCGCGCCUUUGAGAAGCUAGAGGUGGACAAGCGUCUGGAGAAGCUGACAGAGGAGGUGGAGCAGAAAAUUGCCUCGCAGGUGGGCCGGCUCCAGGUGGAGCUGGACCGCAAGAGCUCGGAGCUGGAGAAGGCCAAGCAGGAGAGCCUGCGGCUCAGCCGGGAGAAGCAGGAGCUGGAGGACCGCGCAUCUGAACUGUCUCGCCAAGUGGACGUCAGCGUGGAGAUGCUGGCCUCCCUCAAGCAGGACCUGGUGCAGAAGGAGCAGGAGCUCACCCGCAAGCAACAGGAGGUGCUGCAGAUUGACCAGUUCCUGAAGGAGACGGCUGCCCGUGAGGCCAAUGCCAAGGUCCGCCUCCAGCACUUCAUCGAGGAGCUGCUGGACCGGGCGGACCGAGCUGAGAAGCAGCUCCAGAUCAUCAGCAGCAGCUGCGGCACUACCCCAAACGGCAGCCUGGGACGCUGCGGCACGCCGGGGGCCAAGGCUGCCAGCCGACUGGUACCACUGCGGGCACAGAGAGACCGGCACUCAGGGCCAGGGACAGCCGUGCACGGUCCCUAUGGCGUGUCCAACCAGCGCUCCUCCUCCAGCACCGGUGCCUCGAGCCGGGCGAAAGCCGUGUCACAGAGCUCGGGCUGCUACGACAGUGACAGUGCGGAGCCGUGCCCCACCGACGACACCGCUGAUGGACAUCCUUACCCAGCGCGGGAUGGCGCCCGGGGCUCGGGGCUGCGCCGGCAAGCCAUCCAAACCAGGGCCGGGGGGGCUGGGGGUAAGGUGGGCCGGCUGGAGAGGGGCAGCCCAGGCCACUCCAGCGAGGUGAUCAGCCCCGAGAUUCUCAAGAUGCGGGCGGCUCUUUUCUGCAUCUUCACCUACCUGGACACCAAGACCCUGCUGCGGGCGGCCGAGGUGUGCAAGGACUGGAAGUUCGUGGCCCGGCACCCAGCCGUGUGGACGCGGGUGCUGCUGGAGAAUGCCAGGGUGUCCUCCAAGUUCCUGGCCAUGCUGUCUCAGUGGUGCACCCAGAUGCACUCCCUCACCCUCCAAAACCUCAAGCCACGCCAGCGGGGGAAGAAGGAGAGCAAGGAGGACUACAUGAAGAGCACGCGGGGCUGUCUGGAAGCCGGGCUGGAGUCCCUGCUGCAGGCAACGGGCAGCAACCUGCUCAUCCUCCGCAUCUCGCACUGCCCCAACGUGCUGACGGACCGCUCACUCUGGCUGGCCAGCUGCCACUGCCGGGCCCUGCAGGCUGUCACAUACCGGAGCUCUACGGACCCCGUGGGUCAUGAAGUCAUCUGGGCCCUUGGAGCAGGUUGCAGGGACAUCAUCUCCCUCCAGGUCGCACCUCUGCAUCCAUGCCAGCAGCCGACACGUUUCAGCAACCGCUGCCUUCAGAUGAUUGGCCGGUGCUGGCCACACCUGCGGGCACUGGGCAUUGGAGGGGCAGGCUGCGGCGUCCAGGGACUGGCAUCCUUAGCCCGAAAUUGCAUGCGGCUUCAAGUCCUGGAGCUGGAUCACGUGGCAGAGAUCAACCAGGAAGUUGCAGCAGAGAUGUGUCGAGAGGGGCUGAAGGGGCUGGAGAUGCUAGUGCUGACCUCCACACCGGUCACCCCCAAAGCCCUGCUUCACUUCAACAGUGUGUGCCGGAACCUGAAGUCCAUUGUCGUCCAGGUGGGCAUUGUGGACUACUUCAAGGAGCCCCACAGCCCUGAAGCCAAGAAGAUGUUUGAAGAAAUGGUGAACAAACUCCAGGCCCUGAGGAAGAGACCCGGCUUCUCCAAGAUUUUACACAUCAAAGUGGAAGGAGGCUGUUAG